UGAAAUAUACAUGUUGUUCUUUGAUGUUUUCAGAUAUAAAAAUAAGUGUCCUCGUGGGAAUCUCUCUCCCUGCUUGAUAAUGUUUUAUUUGAAGUGAUGCUAAUAAUUGCUGUGUGUUUAAAACCUAAUUAUGCGGUGCGUGUGUCUGUGAGCGCACAUGAUGUGUAGGCUAAAAACACCAUAGCUUGGACAUCAACCCAAGAGUGCCUUAUAUUGCUUUUGGACGUCAAACUAUUACAUUAAAGCCAAUGUUUUUAGGUAUAUUUGAUUUGUCAUAAAAUUAUGACAAAAUGCUACAUUAAAGUAUAGGGAUAUUUUGGUUGCCAUUGCCUUUGUGAGUGCGCUUCCGCGUUUAAAAUACUAUAAAUUAAUAGGAAAUAUUUCCUACACUAUAGCAUUGCUUUUUUAUAAUGCGAUGCAUUCUAAGAGGUCAACUUUUGGGGUUUGGGUGGAUGUAUUGCCUUCAAGCCUUGGCACUCCUUUACGAUGUUACUGUCUGUCUCUCCCACGUGUGCCUUCUUAAUCUAACCUCGUCUAUAUUCGAUGGAUUGGUUUUGUCAAAGUGGAAUGAUGAUGAGGACUGUUAUUUGAAAGACGAUGCUGUUCGUGAAUUAGUUGUGACGGUUUAAGAUGGUUUUAAUACCCAUGAACAGGUUGUAUAUUUUAACCCACUUAUUUUGUCUUUACUCUGCCCGACAGAGUCGCAACUCCCGACAGAGAAACAGGCAUUGAUUGAGAUUGAGGCGUGUCCUUUUUGGUACCAUAUUUUUUAGGAACAACAAUGUUGUAGUUUGCCAUCCGUUGAUGAAAAUGGAUCGACUCUCGCCCUCCACUGGCUUUUGUUCGACUUUAAAGAGCAUGGCACAGAAAGAGAAACUCCAAUGUCUGAAGGAUUUCCACAAGGACACGCUGAAGCCUUCGCCAGGGAAGAGCCCGGGCACGCGGCCGGAGGACGAGGCUGAGGGCAAGCCCAUCCAGAGGGAGAAGUGGGCCAGCAAGCUAGACUUUAUCUUGUCCGUGGCCGGAGGCUUUGUUGGUUUAGGGAACGUGUGGCGCUUCCCGUACCUCUGCUAUAAGAAUGGUGGAGGUGCGUUUCUCAUCCCCUACACCAUCUUCCUGUUUGGUGGAGGCCUGCCGGUGUUCUUCCUGGAGGUGGCUCUGGGCCAGUAUACCUCUGAGGGAGGCAUCACCUGCUGGGAAAAACUCUGCCCCAUCUUUACUGGUAUUGGCUAUGCCUCUAUCGUGAUCGUCUCUCUCCUGAACAUCUACUACAUAGUGAUUCUAGCCUGGGGACUCUACUACCUAUUCCAGUGCUUUCAACCGGAGCUGCCCUGGGCCAAAUGCAAUCAGCCGUGGAACACAGACCGGUGUGUGGAGGACACAGUCCGCAAGAACAAGACCUUGAUGCUGGCUGCCAAUAUCACCAACUUCACCUCCCCCGUUACUGAGUUCUGGGAACGCAAUGUGCUGAGCAUCUCCUCUGGAAUUGAUGACAUCGGGCCACUGAAGUGGGACCUAGCCCUGUGUCUCCUGGCAGUGUGGAUUGUCUGCUUCUUCUGCAUUUGGAAGGGAGUCAAGUCCACUGGGAAGGUGGUGUAUAUCACAGCAACUUUCCCUUUCGUCAUGCUUAUUGUGCUGCUGGUGCGUGGAGUGACUCUGCCAGGGGCGUCUGAAGGGAUCAAAUUCUAUCUCUACCCCAACCUGACCCGCCUACAGGACCCAGAGGUGUGGAUCGACGCAGGAACCCAGAUAUUCUUCUCCUACGCCAUCUGUCUGGGGGCUAUGACAUCACUAGGGAGCUACAACAAGUACAAAUACAACUGCUACAGGGACUGUUUGCUGCUGGGAGGCCUGAACAGCGGUACCAGUUUUGUGUCUGGCUUCGCAAUAUUUUCCGUCCUGGGCUUCAUGGCACAAGAGCAAGGGGUGGACAUUGCCGAUGUGGCAGAGUCAGGUCCUGGCCUGGCCUUCAUUGCCUACCCUAAGGCUGUGUCCAUGAUGCCCUAUCCCACGUUCUGGGCCAUCCUAUUCUUCAUCAUGCUUCUGCUACUGGGCCUCGACAGUCAGUUUGUGGAGGUGGAAGGACAGAUCACCUCCCUGGUCGAUCUGUAUCCAGCCGCCCUAAGGACGGGUUACCGCCGCGAGAUCUUUAUAGCUGUAAUGUGCUGUAUAAGCUAUCUUUUGGGACUUACCAUGGUAACGAAGGGUGGCAUGUAUGUGUUUCAGCUCUUUGACUACUAUGCAGCCAGUGGUGUGUGCCUUUUGUGGGUUGCAUUCUUUGAAUGUAUUGCAGUAGCCUGGGUAUAUGGCGCUGAUAAUUUCUAUGAUGCAAUUGAAGACAUGAUUGGCUACCGACCAAACCCGUGGAUGAAAUGGAGCUGGACCUUUAUCACUCCCGUCCUCUGUGCGGGUUGUUUUAUCUUCUCAUUGGUGAAGUACAAGCCACUGACCUAUAACAAGGUGUAUGAGUACCCAGACUGGUCCAUCGGCCUGGGCUGGUCUCUGGCCCUUGCCUCCAUGAUCUGCAUCCCCAUGGUAAUGGUCAUCAAGAUCCUCCAGUCCGAUGGCCCGCUCAUCGAGAGGAUUAAGGCAGUGGCGGCCCCAGUAAAGGGAGGUGCGAGUUCUCGCCCCAAAGAGUACAGCAUGAAGGGCAGCGAGCUGACCCAGCCUCUGGACCCCAAUGGGAACAACGGCCUGAUCAAUCCCACCCACACCAUUGUAGAAACAAUGAUGUGAGCACUCUCUGUGAGAGGACAUGCUGAUUACAUUUACAUUUACAUUUAAGUCAUUUAGCAGACGCUCUUAUCCAGAGCGACUUACAAAUUGACGUGCUUUCUAUGUUUUUAUCAUAUAUUUGCUAACUUUGAUAGUGGUAGAACCAGGUUUACAUUGUUCUAUAUAUCCGCACUAGGAAUAUUCUGGUUUGGUUUCUAUGACGAUGACGAUGAUGAUGAUGAUGAUGAUGAUGAUGAUGAUGAUGAUGAUGAUGAUGAAGAGAGCUACAUUAUAUAUAUUGUCAUUGAGUUGUUGUAGUUUUUUCUCUGUAUUUUUUUAAAUGUUGUUGUUACCGUUGUUGUCAACGUUGUUGUUGUUGCUGUAGUGGGUGGUGAUCUCAGUUCAGGCAAUAUUUUGAGAUAGAACAUGUUGUUCUAUGUUAAUUAACUUUCUGUUGAUUGUUGAGAAUUGAGAAGGUAUUUGUUCGGAAAUACUAGAAAAAAAGUAAUUUUCACUUAUCACAAAUAGAGUAAACUAAACGUGUAACAUGUUAGGUAGCAAACUAUUAAGAUAAUUUCCUCACAUUAUUGUGGCAGUAUCCUUGUCUGAGGCCAUUUUUUAUCUGUUGUCGUUGUUGUUUGUUUUGAGACUCAACUGAAAAUGUUUUAGUUGCGCUAGUGGACGCCAGCCAGUCACAUCUGCUAGUAGAGUAGACAUCCACACCACCUGAAUGUAUAGUGACAACAUGCAGUGUAAAUAUAGAAGUUCAUACGUCCUUAAGGUUAACUAUGGCCAUGCCCAAAUACUGUACAAAAUGUUCCCGGAAGGAUCACAUGUCCUUAGGAGGGAGGCAGGAAAGGAGGUGGGGAAAAUAAGGAGGAAGUGAAGGAUAAAAGGGAAGAAGCAUUUGAAGAGUAUUUGUACAUUGCCUAAAGUCUGCCCCAGUGCAUUUAUUGAAACCUCUCUUUGCACUUUAUACGUUGAGUUUCACCUUUAUUGUAGUGAUCUCUUAUGAUAAUGGUCCACAGGAGGCUGCUGAGGGGAGGACGGCUCAUAAUAAUGGUUGGAAUGGUAUCAACCAAAUGGAAACCAUGCUGUUAAUAUAUUUGAUAUCAUUCCAUUGAUUCGGUUCCAGCCAUUACUAUGAGCCUGUCAUCCCCAAUUAAGGUGCCACCAACCUCCUCUGUAAUGGUUGCAAGAACCUACAGUUACAUUUGCACCAUGCAUUUCAAAAGGAAAGUAUAUAGCUUCAAACCUUUUUGGUAUUGUUCACUUUGUUAUCUAUCGGUACAAACAGGAGCAUUAGACUCUCACUCACUUGCUAUAAAUAUAUCAAAUAAAGGUGGAACAUUUCCAUCAAACAUUCUGUUUCUUUAGGAAUAAACCUUGUGAGAACCAUAUCUUGAUUGGAGUAAAAAGUGUAACCUUUAACAAAAUGUUUUUUCUAAAAAUGUGAAAUAAUUGUUUUUUUUCUCCAGUGCACUCAUUUUAAUAGCAGCGAUGGCCACUAAAUAUCUGUAUCAUAUGAAUCUACCACCAGACUCUGGAUUUUAUCAUGUUCAUUUUAGGCAAUUCUAUUUUAGUAUUUUACUUGUUUGUAUUUUAGUAUUUUUAUUGUUUGUGAAUCACAUAUGCCUUUUUGUAUUAACCAUUUUAUACUGUACAUCAUAUGAACAUUGUCACUGAUGAGGACUGAUGUUUUCUGAAUACAGUCAGCAAUUUGUAUUUUAAUGUUAAAUGUUAUGAGCCUGAAUGAAUAUUUGCAGCGUGUAAUAUUUGUCAAAGAAAUGGCCUUUACCACUCAAAUGAUUUGAUUUCAAUUUGAAAACAGAUGUAAAAAUACAAAAAUUGAUAUGUGACCAACAUAAAAAAUAUGAAUGUUUAAAGUUCAAGUGAGAUUAUCUUACCCAAUGCAUGUACAUGAACAUCCACAGUACAGUGCUUGGUCAGAAAGAUUACUAGUCCAGAGGGCGAUACAUAAACCCUGUUGGAAAAUCAAGUGUACCAAAGUAUUUUUGUCUAACGUCUGUCCUUCUUUAAGAUGCUCAUUGCAUCAUCUCUCCCUAGAUUGAAAAUAAACUUAUUUUUCUUUA